UAUUAUUUACAGUAUAUUUUCACUAAAUGGCUAUAAAUUACUUUAUGAUAACCUUCUUAGCCUAGCUAAAAUAACAUUAGAAUUUUGAAGCGUGUUAAUUGUUUGUAUUCGAAAUGAAUAGACAUGUUGUGUUAAUAGCACAGAACUAGCUGCGCCCCAUCAACAUUAUUAUAAGACAACUUAUGAUCGUGCAAAGAUCGUAAACAAUAAAUAAGAAUCGUGUUUAACUAUUGCUCUAUGGAGACGCGUUGAUGAUCGUUAAUUAUUCAAGGCCAGACUACCGACGAUAAGUGAUUUGGCAGUCAUCGUCGGUCCUUAUGAUCCACUCCUUGUUUGUCUAACCUCUGAUGCUGUGUAAAAAGUCCAUCGCCGUUCUUGGGCCUGGUAAACGAUUGUUCACUCGGGCAGUUCGUGCCGCAAUACGUUGGUGAACGUUUGGUCGUCAUCCGGAACAUGUUAAAAUAGCGUUUGUUUUUAUUGUUUAUUUUAAUACCGUUUGCGUUUGUCACAAUGACCACACCGACGGCGAGCGUGGACCGAACAGAGAACAUUGUGCGCGUGGUAAACGCCUACAAGAGUUUUUCUGCUGGGCAAUGGACACUCCAGGGGUUAAACAUGAACGUACCGCCGGGGUCCAUUUAUGGCCUGUUGGGACCUAGUGGUUGUGGGAAAUCUACGCUUCUCCAGUGCAUUUUGGGAACAAUUUCGUUGGACUCUGGUUUCGUCGAAAUGAAAAUAAAUAAGUUGACAGAUGUUGGAUACAUGCCACAAGAACUGUGCUUAGAAAACACGUUGACGAUUAAAGAAACGUUUGAAUAUUAUGGCGCUUUGUACAAUAUGAGUAAAAAUAAGCUAUUAAAUAAAAUGGACGAACUAAACGUUUGCCUUCAAUUGCCCGAUAAACAUAGUUAUAUCAAAGACAUAAGUGGAGGUCAAGGCCGAAGAGUUUCACUUGCCAUAAGUCUUAUGCACGACCCUAAGCUCAUCAUAUUAGACGAGCCUACAGUUGGGAUAGAUCCUGUACUCAGAAACGAUAUUUGGUCGAAAUUUCAAACAAUGGUCAACGAACAUAACAUAACUAUUAUAAUAACCACACAUUACAUCGAAGAAGCUUACCAGGCCAAUACAGUUGGUUUAAUGCGAAAUGGUGUUUUGGUUGAAGAAGCGUCGCCUCAAGACAUUCUUAUCAAACACAAUACCGAAACGUUAGAAAUGUCAUUUUUACGUCUUUGCUAUAAUCAAGAUACUAAUAGAGAAAAUGAGCAGAUCUCUUCUGAAGCUGUUGUGAAAACCCGAAAGCCAAAACAAAAGCUAAAAAAUCCAGGAGCAAUCAUGUCAUUUUCUAGAAUCCAAGCGUUACUCAAGAAGAACUCCCGCGUAUGCGUCCGAGAUUACAUGUUAUUGUUCAAUUUGGUCGUAUUACCGGCGUUGCAAGCGUUAAACCUUUGCCUGUGUGUCGGUGUGGAUUUUAAGCACAUGCCAAUAGCUUACAAAAACGACGAGGUGAAAUUUUCAGACUGUCAAAACGUUAAGUGCAUAUUCAACGAAAACCACAACGAUACGUUGAGUUGUAACGUUUUGAAUUACCUCGCUUCGCACGAUUAUAAUUUAAUAGAAGUCAAUAGCGUGGAAGAUGGAGAGAUGAGUCUGAACUAUCCGUCGUACAUGGCGUUUUUAUAUUUCCCUGAAAAUUACACCAAAAGCGUGCAAACCUUUCUCGCGGAUAAAGGAAACUACGAUGUUAAAUCUAUGGUUUCUGUACAUUUCACAAAGGAGAAUAUGUUGUUCAGGAAUCAAAUAAUACGGGACGUAACGGAUUGCAUAAACGAUGUCGUUGAAAAUGUAGUUACUUAUUGUUCAUAUUAUAAUCCAAAAUUACAAGGAAUCCCUAUGGAUGUGAAUACCAUGUAUGGAAAAGACGUCAAGUAUGUUGUGCACAGCAUCGUUUCCAUUUUCAUAGCAAUGGGUGCAUUUUAUUUUCCUAGCAUAUUUGCUGUCAGUUGUAUGUUGACGGAAAAACUAGAUGGAAUAUUAAACCGUUCAAUGUUUGCAGGUGUUACGGCGUUGGAAUUGUUGUCAUCAAUGUUUUUUAUUAAUACUGUGAUUAUUUUUAUUCAAAUGACUUUAUCAAUGCUAAUUGUGUACGUGCUAUUCUCUAAUCCAGUUCAAAUAACGACUGGGUUUUACGCUUACAUUCUGCUGGUCAUAUUGUUAGGUUGCAUAGGUUUCUUUUUCGGACUACUCAUUGCUGGAUUAUCGACGUCGAAAAUUGGCGCUGUAUACGUAAUAACCGGAUGGUCUUUAAUCCAGUUCACUCUAUCAGGUGCCAUUUGGCCGGUCGAAGGACAGCCGUUUUACUUGAAAGCCGUUUCCCAGGUUCUACCUUUAUACGUAGCCGGCAAGACCAUGAACGAUAUAGCGUUGAAAGGAUGGACAUUGGCACACCCGGCAAUCGUUUUAGGGACCACAGUGAUAUUUGCAUAUGCGCUCAUAUUUUUACUGGUGUUGAUAGUUUUGGGACGACUGAAAAAAGACAUGUGGGUGAUACAAAAGUAAUGUAGUUGAAUGAAAAAAAAUGAAAUGUUUUUUUCUUCAACCAUAAUAAUUUUGUACACAUUGCAUUUAUUAUUUUAUUUUAUAAUGUGUUUAAUACUAUUCAUUUUUAUACAUUUAUAUAAUUUUGAUUCGUGGAUAGUGUUGUAAGUUA